AUGCUUUUGCGGUCAUGUGUUGGUAUGGUGUCCCGCUACGCAAGGGCUCUACUCCCGACGGUAACAAACUCUGGCCGGGUCGCUUUUAUUGUUCUUCCGUUUGCAUUAACUCGCGGAAGAAAGAUCCAUACCAUGUCAGAGGAUGGGGAAUGGUGGAAGAAAAUAGAAGAAAGUCCUCCCUUUGAUGAAUUGAUGCUGGACUCGGUUGUUGAUGUCUAUACUGACUCUACCGAGUAUAGCAAAGUCAAACCUUGGCAGACUCUUACAGAAGAAUCAUGGGGCGGCUCUGGAUUUGCAAUCGCCGGAAAGAAAAUUCUUACAAACGCUCAUGUGGUGGAGCCAAUGAAUGAUCACACUUCGGUGCAUGUCAAAAGGCUUGACUCUCAAAUCAAAUACAAAGCAAAAGUUAAAAAGAUUUCACAUGAGUGUGAUUUGGCUAUCUUAGAGAUCGAUAGCGACAAGUUUUGGGAGGGUAUGAAUCCCUUGGAGCUUGGAGACGUACCGCCUCUCCAUGAAAUUGUAUAUGUUGUUGGUUACCCAGAAGCCGGUGACAUGAUAUGUGUUGCAAAAGGUUUUGUAACUGGAGUUGACACUACAAAAUACAUUCAAAGUUCCACGAAACUACUGACAAUACAAAUUGAUGGAACUAUCAACCAUGGAAAUAGUGGUGGCCCUGUUAUUACGGGAAACAAAGUCCUUGGUAUAGCAUUUGAAAGUACUAAAUGUCAGAAAAGAAUAGGGACUCACGGUUUUGUAAUCCCAACACCAAUAAUUAGGCAUUUCAUAGCUAGUGCAGAAGAAAGCUCCCAAAACGCCGUUUUUGGCUCACUAGUUCUAUCAUAUCAAUCUCUCGAAAAUGAUCACAUCCGUAAUCAUUUUAAGAUGAGUCCUGAAACAACAGGAACCCUUAUAAACAAAAUAAAUUCGUCGUCCGGGGCUCACAAAAUUCUGAAGAAGAAUGACAUCAUUCUCGCAAUUGAUGGUGUUCCAAUAGGAAAUGAUGCGAAAGUUCCUUUUCAAAAUGAGGAACGAAUAAGUUUCAAUCAUUUGGUCUCUAUGAAGAAACCAUAUGAAAAAAUCUUAAUAAAGGUUCUAAGGAAGGGAAAGGAGCAUGAGUACAAUAUCAGUCUAAAGCCGGUGAGACCACACAUUACAGUGCAACAAUAUUAUAACCUUCCAAGUUAUUACAUAUUCGGUGGUUUUGUUUUUGUGCCUCUUACUAAAUCCUACAUUGAUGAUUUGAGCUAUAUGUGUGCAUGUAUAUUACAUGAUGAGUACAAAAUUACCGAUGAGCAGCAUGUCAUAAUCUCUCAGGUAAUGUCAGAUGACAUUAACCAAGGAUACGGUGAUUUCAAAGAUUUACGGGUGAAAAAAGUUAACGGAGUGAAAGUAAAGAAUUUUAAACAUUUGUGUGAACUAAUCGAGGGAUGUUGUAGCGAAAAUCUGAGGAUGGACUUGGAAAAUGACAAAGUUAUGGUCCUCAACUAUGAAUCUGCUAAAAAAGCAACAUUUGAGAUCUUGGAACGUCACAAUAUAAAGUCGGCUUGGGCCAUAUAUUGA